UGUAUUUUAUACUCUAUAUUGGAUUGCCCUAUUUUCUGUGUAAUUAACUCCAUUUACCAUAAUGCCUUGUGGUUUGGAAUAUUUUCACUGUUCUGAUGUGUUGUGACGUUCUGUGCAUUCGGACCAAUCAGACUUAUUUGCUCGUUGUAGUUUUAUUUGAAUUUUGAUGUCAGCCAAUGGUAAUUGGUAUAUGUUUAAUGCCCGCGAGUUCGCGGGCUUUUUGAGAUGUUUCAUCACUUCGCGAGGGAGAAGCUCACGGAGUUCCCGCCUGCUGCCGAGCAGAGAGAGAUCGCGUUGUUUGUGAGCUCUAUUUCAGCACUUAUUUUGCAGACAGUUUUUUUUUUUAUAGUUUGGUCUGCUUGUGGCCAUAAACUCCGGUGUCACUCCAGUGAGUGAUCUUGCUGUUUUUUUUUCUGCGGACACAUCUGCCCUCCGUGCUGUGCCCACCGGAGCGCUUUCGUCAGUCCCGGGAACUCACUGUGUCGGGUCUGGGACCCAGCCCGCUACCGAGGGGUUUGGGGUGAGCAGCAUCUUAUUCGAGCGAGCUAACCCACAGCAAUAGCUAGCCCUCUGCUCAGGAGCAUCUGCUGCGUGACUGUACCGACAUCUGUAACCUGAUCCGUCUGGUUUGACCGGUGGAUUGUGAGUAACGCGAACCCACACUUACACUGACACACACACACACACACACACGCGUUCCUCUGGUCUCGCCUGGAUAGCCAGCGUUUUAGAAGGGCAUUGCAGCGGUUGCUGUUCUGUCUGCAGUUCACAGAGCUGCCACCUGUGCACCAACGGGCCCCAACUGCGCGCGCGUUUUUCUUUCUUGUCCACUUCUUUUCUUUUGAUACUUUACCCAGUUUUAUUUUCUUACUAUGUACUGCUGGUAUACACACUGUUGAUGUGCUAUCUGUAACAUCUCUAUUAUGUAGGCUAAUUGUUUCCGCUCUUCUUGUGCCGGUGUUACUAUUUUCUUGGUGAUUACAUUGCAUGCUUCUUUGGGAGCAUUUAUUGUCAAAUACUAUUAUUAUUAUUAUUAUUAUUAUUAUUAUUAUUAUUGCUUAUUAAUAAAUAUAAUCAUUAUUAUUUAAUUAUAUCUUGGGUGUAUUGGCUGCUCAUUUGGUUGUUUAUAUUUGAACAUUCUGACAUGCACACUGCAGACUAGCUAUUAGUUCUUUCACUCAUGCUACUGUUAUUUUAAAGUCUGAGGAAAUACACCAUACACUAGCUUCAAAGGUAAGUGUAGUAUUUUCGCAGUGGAGGCACCGCGCUGUUAAAUUUAUCAUUUAUUAGAUUUAUGCUUAUUAUUCUCUCUCUCUACUCAUACUUGUACCCUUAUGGUAUCAGGAAUCUCAGCCAGCUCACCACUCCACCGCUGAGAACUUAGGACCCUGUUGCGCCAUUAUUUAUUGGGAUUUAGGGUAACUCUUUAGUAGCCUAUAGCCUACUGUGCUGGGUAAUCAGCACCUGUCCAAAAAAAAAAAAAAGGGGGUUACAUUUUGGAGGCACCGCUGGGAUUUUCCUGUUUACCAGAACAAGUAGAUCGCUGUGUUUUGCUUAGUGUUUGUGUUGUGUUAGUUAUUGCUGUUUGCUGGGCAGUUUUUUUUUUAAACAUGGACCUUAGUCAGGCUGUUGAGUGGAGCCGUGAGGAGAAUGUGGAGUUGUGUCAUGCCAUUUUACUUAGCAGAGUGCCAUUGGAGGCCACUGAUGAUGUGGUUAGCCGUGUGCUCAGCACAGUUAAGGUUCUGGGUAGGACCCGGAUACGCGGUCGCCGUGGUGACAAGACUGGUAGGCACCUGUACAUUUUAGUCGAGACUUCUGCUGAGUUGGAUCAGAGCUCUGUCCCUCCUGAAGUGGGAAUUGUAGGUGAGGCAGGUCCAUGGGCUGUUCAUGUAGUGAGUAGUUUGCUGCCUGCUAGUCCUGUUCUUGAAAGUGAUGGAUUCGAAGCCAAGCUAUUUUCAUUAUUACAGCAGGAAGGCAAGUCUAUGGGUGAUGUGAAGGCUGUUUUGGGCACGCAGCCUCCUAAACCUGAUGUCAGCAUGGAUCUUGUGAAUGCCAUAGGCCAGCUCGUUGAUCGCUGUAACCAGGCAUCUGUUGAUGUGCCUGGCUAUAGAAAACUGAGGCUGUUUUCCGGUUUACGGCCCGUUCCCCCAGGCGAGGAAGAAUAUGAGGCCUGGAUGGAGCAGGCUACUCAGAUGAUUACUGAGUGGCAGUGCAGUGAUGCUGCUAAGCGACAGCGCAUUGUUGAGAGUUUGCGUGGGCCUGCUGCGGAUAUAGUAAGGUUUUUGAAAGUCAGUAGCCCAUCUGCUACUGCUACUGAUUACUUAACCGCUCUUGACACUACUUAUGGAUCAACUGAGAGUGGGGCAGACCUUAUGGCAUCGUUUCGCCAUACUUUUCAAGAAGAUGGUGAGAAACUUUCUGCUUUCUUGUAUCGCUUGGACAAGCUUCUCCACCGUGCUCUUUUGAGAGGAGGGAUUGAAGCUGCAGGCCUGAAUCGUGCACGUCUGGAGCAGUUGUUCAAGGGUGCUCUCACCACUGACAUUGUGGCUUUACGUGUGCGACUUCUGCACACUUUGCAAGCUCCGCCUUCUUUUUCCCAGUUAAUGCGAAAUGUGAGAGAGGAAGAGCACUGGGUAAGUGCAAGGGAGAGUGCAAAGGUUUCUGUGGCCUCAUCUACAUUUUGCCAGGUUCCUGUGACUGCUGCUGUCGCUCUUCCUCAUGUGCCUGUUACUCCCCUGGCGUCUGAGGUUGACAGUCUGAGGAAAGAGGUCAAGGAGCUGACGUCUUUAGUAACUAAACUUUUGACUGCUACUACCGUGGCUCCUGAAAAUCCUCAAGUCUCACAGUUUGGUGUAAGCCACAGCACAGAAACCACAGCCCCAGCUGUUCCCACAAGGGCUGUUUCUUCGAACCUGCCGAAGUCUACGACAUCCUCUUCUGUUCCUGCCAUUUUUUGUUACAAGUGUGGAGAAGACGGCCACACCAAGCGAGAGUGCACACGCCCUGAGAACUUGAGGGUAGUGAAUCAGAAGCUGCUUAAGAGGGUCACGCAGCAGGGAAACUUCCCCGGAGCUCAGUGAAG